UGCGUCCACUAUUAAUUAAUUACAGCUAGCUUUUUAAGUUUACUGUUAACCCUCAUUAGUCAUUACCCCGUCCGUAAGUAUCAGUAGUGAAGUUACUCUACAAUCAUAAUCUAAUCAUAAUGUACAGAGUUGCGAGGGCGUCGGAGUACUUGGUGAUCACCGGCGUUGGAAUCACCGACAUUAAGAUCGCCAAGAAAGCAUGGGUUCUUCCGGGACAGUCGUGCACCAUCUGCGACAUUUCACCGGUGAACUACACGUUCGAGGUGCAGGCCAUGAGCGCCGAGAAGCUCCCUUUCGUCCUGCCUGCUGUCUUCACCAUCGGCCCCCGCGUGGACGACGAAGGCAGCCUCCUGAAGUACGCCAAGCUCAUCUCCCCCCACGACAAGCUCUCCCACCACGUCAAAGAGCUGGUCCAGGGGAUCAUCGAGGGGGAGACUCGAGUCCUCGCGGCCUCCAUGACCAUGGAGGAGAUCUUCAGAGGGACUAAAGAGUUCAAGCAAGAAGUGUUCGAGAAGGUUCAGCUGGAGCUCAACCAGUUCGGGCUGCUGAUUUACAACGCCAACGUGAAGCAGCUGGUGGAUGUCCCCGGACACGAGUACUUCUCUUACUUGGGUCAGAAGACGCAGAUGGAAGCCGCCAACCAGGCCAAGGUUGACGUGGCGGAGGCCAAGAUGAAGGGGGAGAUCGGCUCCAAACUCCGAGAAGGGCAGACCCUUCAGAACGCCGCGAAGAUUGACGCGGAGACGAAGGUCAUCUCGACCCAGAGGCAGGGAGAGGGGAAGAAAGAAGAAGUGAGGGUGAAGACGGAGGUUAAGGUAUUUGAGAACCAAAGGGAGGCAGAGGUGGCGGAGGCGAACGCGGAGCUGGCGAAGAAGAAGGCUUGGUGGUCCAAGGAGGCGCAGAUGGCGGAGGUGGAGGCCACGAAAGCAGUGGCUCUUCGGGAUGCGGAGUUGCAGAAGGAGGUCGAGACCAUGAAUGCGUUGACGCGGACGGAGAAGCUAAAGGCCGACCUGUUGAGCAAAGCCAGCGUUGAAUAUGAGACCAAAGUACAAGCUGCGAACUCGGAACUGUAUCAAAGGCAGAAGGUAGCAGAAGCAUACUUGUACGAAAAAACCAAACAAGCAGAGGCUGAAAAAGCAACGGCCAGCGCAGCUUUGUACGCACGCCAACAACAAAUCGAGGGAGAUUUGCAUGCCAAGAAGAAGGAAGCCGAAGGGCUCAAGGCCUUGGCAGAAGCUCAGGGCGUAUACCUACGCACUCUUCUUGACUCGCUGGGCGGUAACUAUGGAGCUCUAAGGGAUUAUUUGAUGAUCAACGGCGGAGUGUUCCAAGAGUUGGCCAAGAUAAACGCCCAGGCAGUUCAGGGAUUGCAACCCAAAAUCAGCAUUUGGACCAACAAUAGCGCUACUUGCGAAGCUGCCGGUGGAGAUGGUACUACUAGUGCUGUGAAAGAAGUAGCCCAAGUUUACAAGAUGCUGCCACCAUUAUUUCAGACUGUCCAUGACCAAACUGGAAUGUCACCGCCAGCUUGGAUGGGCACUUUCCCUACUCCUCGUGACUCAAAAUGAGGUCAAAUUAAUUAAGGAUGUAAUAAUUCCAGGAUGGACGUGCACAAACCAGCACAGACCACUUGUAUUUGAAGAGUGCAUAUAUAAAUUAAUUAAUGGAACUUGUCACUGAUCAAAAGAGGAGAACCACAAAUGAAUUAGUCCCUCCCGGGAUGAUGGAUCCCUAUAAAAUUCAAGUUGGCCUUUCCGUGCAAUGGAAUAUUGAACUUGGUUAGUCAUGAUCAGGAUGAAAAGUUCUUGAAUUUUGUUUAUUCCCAUAAAUGUUCCAAGAGUGCUAUAUUUGUUAAUGUUAUGUAAAGAAUUGUCCUUUCUAGUUUGUACUCAAGUGCGGAGAAUUGUAACUUGUAUGCAACCGUUGUAAAAUUUUCUUUUCUGCCGUAUGUGUGCAGA